UUUUAAAAUCCGAUUUAAACCUUAUGCCUACUCCUAACCUUAAGACCAAAAGGCUACGUUUUGUUUUCAGAAUAUUUUUGUUACGAUAUAGCUAGUGACAACCAAAAACGGUUUACAUUGCGCCACUUUUCCUGUUUGCUUGCAUCAAGAGUUUGCGUCAUACUUCCCAAUCCCGUCCGGGUUAACCUUUUGCGCAUGCGCAUUUACACGAAGUCGACGUAGGCUUUCGAGUUAGAACAUACGUGGUCUUUACACAGAGCAGUCACAAAAAUAAGUAUUCAGAAAACUCCGUAGGACAAAAACCUUUUCAACAUGGACCAGGUAAUGCAAUUUGUGGAGCCCAGUCGGCAGUUUGUGAAGGACUCGAUAAGGCUUGUGAAGAGGUGUACCAAGCCAGACAGAAAAGAGUUCUCGAAGAUUGCCAUGGCCACAGCGAUAGGUUUUGCUAUCAUGGGCUUCAUUGGUUUCUUCGUCAAACUCAUCCACAUCCCAAUCAACAACAUCAUUGUUGGUGGUUGAAUAUCUCCCCUGGCUGACUGACUACCUGCAACUGGACAUGGGAUAAAAGUGCUGAAGUGUUAACAUUUUUUUGUAUAUUAAAGUUCAUAUUUGUUUGCUUUGUAAAUAAAUUUGGAUUAAUAAGAGAUCAAAUCUCAUGUUUAUUUCCUCUAAAUCACAGAAAAUAUUAACUCCGAUCUAGGGCGUUAGCAUUGGGCAUAUUGUUUUGAUUAACACAUUAUUUGUUAUAUUUCCUGUAAGGAUUGACUGAUACUGUCUUCCAUGACUGAUCUGAUUCUGAAUGGACUGAUUAAAUAAAGUUAAUUAUCUUCUGUUUUCCA